AUGGGUUUACUGACUAUUAUCAAGAAACAGAAAAUAAAAGAUAGAGAAAUCAGAUGUUUGAUCUUAGGCUUAGAUAAUGCAGGGAAGUCGACAAUUGUCAAUAAGUUAUUACCUAAAGAUGAUCAAAUUUUAGAUAAUGAGAUUACACCAACUAUAGGUUUCCAGAUACAUUCAUUUUAUCAUUCUGAACAUUUGAUUACUAUUUGGGAUAUUGGAGGACAAAGCACAUUAAGACCUUUUUGGGAUAACUAUUUCGAUAAAACAGAUAUAUUGAUAUGGUGCAUCGAUGUCAAUGUUCAAAUUAGGUAUGACGAAUCUAUCAAAGAGCUUAAAAACUUGAUCAACAUGAAUAAUGACAGAAUUGGAUAUGACUUUCCGAUAUUAAUUGUACUUAACAAAACUGAUCUUUUACUUCAACAAAAUGAUGGAAAUAACCUGAUAGAAGGAAAAUUGCUUAGUUUACAAGAUAAAGUUAUCAAAUCUUUAAAUUUAGAAAACAAAGUAACAAAAAAUUAUGAAUUCAUCCAAUGUAGUGCUUCACAUGGAGAUGGUAUUGAGAAUAUCAUGAAUUCAAUUAUUGCAUCAAGUGAGUACAAUUCAUAA